GUCGGUGUCGUGCCUCUAUUAAGGUUCUCAGGCAUUACAUCAAUCCUAAUUAUCCAGCUAGGUCAUGCGCUACGUAUGCUUCGAAUGCGCAGGAACUCUUGGUCGGCAUCUCUGCAACACAUCUGAUUGUGACAUACUGCCAUCAAGAGGGUCUCGACUUCCUAACAUCUACUACUCGCCCGUCUCAUGGCACAAGCGGUUUUGUGGCCCAAGAAAACAUUCUUUUACCCAAUCGGAAACACAUCUCCGAUUUCAUUAACGCAAGACCAUCCGCCUGACAUUCCCGCCGAUAUUCUUCUCCUUGGAUGUGGGGAUCCUCGCAACAUCCUAUACACUUUAUAUUCUGAUCUUCGUUGCGGUGCUUCUCAUCGUAGGUUCGAUGUAACAUGCUGUGAUAUUGAACCAGCCAUUCUAGCGCGAAAUAUCCUCCUUUUCACCUUACUUGUCGACACUAAGGCGGACAAUAUUGAGAUCUGGAACAUCUUCUACCAUUUCUAUCUCGACAACGCCUCCAUUCAGAGACUCUGGGAUCAGUGCAGUACACUUGUUCGGGCAUCUCAGAGCCUCGAGUCUUGGCAAAACUCACCGUACUCGUCGGCCAUAAGGAUGUGCACCGAUCACACGCUCCAGGUCUUGCACAACCAAUGGGCUUUAUAUCUUAAUACAAAGUCUAUGUCCGAAGGAGAACGGGCGCGGCGGAAGAAACAAUUUUGCUUUGAGGCUGAGUCAAUAGCACAGCGUGAGCACUCUAUCAGUCCCUGCUGGUCCGCAGGGCCCGACGUCACCACAGAGCACUUCAAAAAUUUCUGGCAUACCGGUGUAAUGAUGUCCGAGACUCAUUCUACUUCUUUACCACACAUGAACCCGACAUUUUUAUACUCGUUACAGGGCGAUACAUUCAAUGUCCAUUAUGCCACAGAUCCCAUCAGGGCCUUCCAUCCUCGCCUCGUUAGAAGAACUGGCCCGCCUACAAUGGAAUCAGUGAUUCGAGCAGCCAAAACUCAGUUCAGUCAGUGGUCACAGGCCUUCCGGGACACCGUAGCAGAGGGCGCCAUCAUUCUUCGCUUCUUCAAUGGCGACGCGCUUGCUUUGUGCGACGCUCUCCAAGAACUGCGUCGGUCCGGGACAACAUUGACUUCCGUUGGGACGUCGUACUGGACCGGAACGCCUCCCUCUUGCUACAAUGUUAUCGACACCUCCAAUUUGUCGGAUCAUUUAGGCGACAUGAAUAUUCUCGCUGGGACUGUACCACUCCUGCGAAAAGAUCAGUUUUCCGCACUCAGGACCCAAACACUCUUGUCCAAAUCACUAGGUCGAAGUCUUCCUCAAUCCUUUGUAGAACGAUUCUGUGGCGACGUUUCUACCCUUUCCCUUCUCCUGGGAGUAGCUCCCGUUAGCUACAUCACCCGCUACUCCACGCGUUACAUUCCACAAGACUCCGCAAAAAGUAUCAUCCCGGAUAUUUCUCCUGUAACUGAAGGGGACUUGAUCUGGAAAAGAACUGACUUGGAUUUCUCCCCUUCAGACCGUCGGAACCCUCGACUUGUCGUGGAUCCCCAGGAACUAUCCAGAUAUCUUUUCGGGGUAUACUUGAAGAUCACAUGGCGAAUGCAUUCCGGCUUCUUUUAUGCUCGGCCUAGCUUCGUGGCGGUUCUCAAAGUCGUGAAAGACAGAGUAGAGACGAACUGGACCGUGACAAUGGAGCAGCUUUUUGACUUGAUCGCAUUGGACAAGAAGCUGUUUACGGGCCUGAACUUUUACCAGGACCUUUGUUCCGAGCUACAUCGCCAAGGGGUCUACAGUGUAGAAACCUUGUCAUCCGCAGUUUCGAUUGAAAGCGCCAAAGAUGGCAUUUUCCGGCACUGGGUGGACCCUAUUCCUCCCCUAGUAUCGAACUUCAACAAGGUUCCAGACGAUAUAGGAACUCCAGUGCUCCAGCUCGAACUCCAAUCUCGGAUGGCUCAUUUCCAUAACAGCUUCUCUUUCAUUCAGCUCGUAUUUGGAACACUUUCUAUUGAAGGCGAUCUCAAGGAUCCGUGGUCUGGGGCAUCGGAUCUAAUUCUGACGCUCUGGGUUCCUGCCUGGAUUUUGUGCGUUAGUCCCAAGACUACCGACGUCAUGUUUUCGUUUCGAUCUACGCCUUCGAACAAAUACAUAGCCAAACUCAUGCGGCAGUUGGGUUCCUUGUUGACGAUCUUUAAAACGAAACUGUUGGAUGACCAGCAUGUGUUUUUCAGCAGAAGAUAUCCUUCAUUCUCUGAUGCUUCCCUGACUUCAAGCUCCCCGGGCUUGGAACAGGUAGUUCCCAUAUCCGAUGCAACCUCUGAUAGCCAGCCCGUUUUGGUUAAGGCCUCUCUUAAUCCCGACAAUGUUACUACGUUGUCUAUUCGAACCGACGUGGUGGAUACUAAUGCCCGCCAAGCGUUGUUGAAAGGACAUGGCUGGUACUUUCAAUUUGAUGACUUUUGUCAUUCAGUCGUGUUUCCUUACCCCAUUGAUGGCGCUAAAAUUAAGCUACGCAUUGCACGAAAGUCUGUGCUCCCGGUAUCAAACCCUAAAGUCCUUGAUAGCCUCUCGUUCAAUUAUGUCCCUGUACCUAUGCUCGAGGUACCAUGGGUUUGGUCCAUGCAUUAUCCUCUCCUUGCCUGGCUCCGACAACAUAUAUCACUGAUCUUCUCCGAGCGUGAAUGCCGUCUACGAGAUCUAUCAGCGGCACAGAGAGAUGACGCUCUCUUGGCAAUCAAAGACACAUUCUUCACUCUUUACACGGACUUGCCCCAAAUCGUGAUAUUUCUCCGGCACCUUCGUCUUGAUCUCGCUUCUCAUACCGUGGUAAUCGACUGUUUCGUCCUCCCAAUUACGAAACGCGUAGACUGGGCUUUGGAAGUGUUGAAUAGAAAACCAAUGCUCAUAAUCAAAACGCACAGUGCAGAGAUCAAAGCCUGGAAGCAGAUGCUCCCGGCAAUCACUGAACGUUGUAGAACGUGGAGUCACACUGAUAAUUGCGAGUACCUGACUCGCAGAAUUCCAGUAUCUCUCGAAGACUUCGAAACACCGCUAUGUUCCUGCGGGCUUGGUCAUGGCGUUGGUUCUUAUUUCAAGGAUGCCGGACUCGACAAGAAGUUUUGCAACUACGUUACGACAGCUGCGAUUUCCCCAUUAUUUGCUCUUUCUUUCCUAGAGUCAAUGGGUCGGAGUCAGAUCAGGUGUGCGGCCCAAGAUUGUGGAAAAAAGGAGGGUUUGAGGCUGUGCGCCCGAUGCAGAACGGUCAGCUAUUGUUCUGCGCUCUGUCAAAAGUCGGACUGGAAAAGGCAUAAAGUGGUCUGCAAGAAGGAGUAAAAUAUCGUUUUCAAGUGCUAGUGUUGCUUUAAAAAUACCGCUGUAAUUUUGUAUCCGAGCUCGGCUUUUUGGCGGUGUAAAAAUAAACUCUUUCCCA